CCCCCUCCCCCGCCCCGGCAGGGUACAGCGGGAGGCCCGCCCGGGGAGGAGCCACGGUCCACGCCAGGGAUUUGGGGGAUCGCAGUCCUCAGCAGCCACGGAGGGGAAGGCGCGGAGGGGGGAGGGGGCUGCCCAUUCCAGAGGAUGCCUGAAGGAAGUUCCGGGACCCUCCCUGCUCUCGGCCCUCCUCCACUUCCUGCCUCAUGCCUCACCUUGUCCCUGGUACCUGGAUUCUGUUCAGCUGCUUGGGAAAUGUGACCUUUACUCUGGGGGGCCUGAGCCUGCAGCCCCAGCCACCUUUUCUCCCUGGGGCCCUCCUUAAGCCUCUUACUCGACCCUUCCCCGGUCCAGACUCUGGAAACUGGUUCCUGGGACCGUGCCCUGGGCACAAGUGGGCACUUGCCCCAGCCCCACCUGUGCCCGGGGCUGUGGCCCUUCCCCACAGGGAGCUCACCAUGGCCCCGCCACUCCUAUUGCUGCUGCUGGCCAGUGGAGCCGCCGCCUGCCCGCUGCCCUGCGUGUGCCAGAACCUGUCGGAGUCGCUCAGCACCCUCUGUGCCCACCGAGGCCUGCUGUUUGUGCCACCCAACGUGGACCGGCGCACGGUGGAACUGCGCCUGGCUGACAACUUCAUCCAGGCCCUGGGACCGCCCGACUUCCGCAACAUGACAGGGCUGGUGGACCUGACGCUGUCCCGAAACGCCAUCACCCGCAUUGGGGCCCGCGCCUUUGGGGACCUGGAGAGCCUGCGCUCCUUGCAUCUGGAUGGCAACAGGCUGGUGGAGCUGGGCAGCGGCAGCCUCCGGGGGCCUGUCAACCUGCAGCACCUCAUCCUCAGUGGCAACCAGCUGGGCCGCAUCGCGCCAGGGGCCUUCGAUGACUUCCUCGACAGCCUGGAGGACCUGGAUGUGUCCUAUAACAACCUCCGUCAGGUCCCCUGGGCCGGCAUCGGUGCCAUGCCUGCCCUGCACACCCUUAACCUGGACCAUAACCUCAUCGACGCACUGCCCCCAGGUGUCUUUGCCCAGCUCAGCCAGCUCUCCCGCCUUGACCUCACCUCCAACCGCCUGGCCACGCUGGCACCUGACCCACUCUUCUCCCGAGGUCGGGAUGCGGAGGCCUCCCCGUCCCCCCUGGUGCUGAGCUUCAGCGGGAACCCACUGCACUGUAACUGUGAGCUGCUCUGGCUGAGGCGGCUGGCCCGGCCUGACGACCUGGAAACCUGCGCUUCGCCACCACCCUUGGCGGGCCGCUACUUCUGGGCAGUGCCUGAGGGAGAGUUCUCCUGCGAGCCUCCACUGAUUGCCCGCCACACACAGCGCCUGUGGGUGCUGGAGGGCCAGCGGGCUACUCUGAGGUGCAGGGCCCUUGGUGACCCUGUGCCCACCAUGCACUGGGUUGGCCCUGACGACCGGCUGGUUGGCAACUCUUCCCGAGCCUGGGCUUUCCCCAACGGCACCCUAGAGAUUGGGGUGACAGGCGCUGGCGAUGCAGGAGCCUAUACCUGCAUUGCCACCAACCCCGCUGGUGAGGCCACAGCCCGGGUGGAGCUGCGGGUGCUGGCCUUGCCCCAUGGUGGAAACACCAGUGCUGAGGGGGGCCGUCCUGGGCCCUCGGACAUUGCUGCUUCUGCUAGAACUGCUGCCGAAGGCGAGGGGACUUUAGAGUCUGAGCCAGUGGUGCAAGUGACGGAGGUGACUGCCACCUCUGGCCUGGUGAGCUGGGGCCCGGGGCGGCCAUCUGACCCCGUGUGGAUGUUCCAAAUCCAGUACAACAGCAGCGAGGACGAGACCCUCAUCUACCGGAUCGUACCAGCCUCCAGUCACCACUUCCUGCUGAAGCAUCUGGUUCCUGGUGCCGACUACGACCUCUGCCUGCUGGCCCUGUCACCUGCUGCUGGGCCUUCCGACCUCACGGCCACCAGACUGCUGGGCUGUGCCCACUUCUCCACGCUACCAGCCACACCCCUGUGCCAUGCCCUACAGGCCCAUGUGCUGGGCGGGACCCUGACUGUGGCAGUAGGUGGCGUCCUAGUGGCCGCCUUACUGGUCUUCACUGUGGCCUUGCUGGUUCGGGGCCGGGGAGCUGGGAAUGGCCGCCUGCCACUCAAACUUAGCCAUGUCCAAUCCCAGACCAAUGGUGGCACCAGCCCCAUGCCCAAGAGCCACCCACCACGGAGCCCUCCACCCCGUCCCCAGCGCAGCUGUUCCCUGGACCUGGGAGACACUGGUGGGUGCUACGGGUAUGCCAGACGCCUGGGAGGGGCCUGGGCCCGGCGGAGUCACUCUGUACAUGGGGGGCUGCUGGGAGCUGGGUGCCGGGGUCUGGGGGGCAGUACAGAGCGGCUGGAGGAGAGUGUGGUGUGACAGGAGGCCAGCCUCUCCGUGCCCUGAGGAAGGAGCAGUGCCACUGCGGGGCCCAGGUGGCAGCACCCAGCCUGGGUGGGCAGCACGGCCCUGGGCCCCGCUCUGCUUUUUCUCCUCAGUACCUCAGGCUCCCCAGGUACUUGGUGGGACAGCAAGCCCUUUCCUUGGUUUUGGCCUCCAGACUAAAGGGACAGGUCCCACCAACAGGUGCUCAGAGCCACCAAGGCAGGGGCUGCAGCCACCAAGAGGGAGUCUUGUUUCUAUUUAUAAUAAAAUUGUUGGGGACACUUCA